AUGGGUGACUUCUACCAGGGCCUCCGAUCGCCUAGUUUCGGCCCGCCAGACCCGAAAAGACGCCCCAAGGACGACCACAAACACCACCAUCACCACUACCACCACCACCACGGUCCUCGUGGCUUCUUUCCAUACGGACCUCCAAGACACCACCACCAUCCAAAACACGGCCACUACUGGCCUCCUCCACCGCCGCCACCGCCUCCUUAUCAUCACCACCACCGCCCUCCACCCCCAAUGGCGCCGUACCCGCCUUAUUUUUACUACCCGCCAGGUCCUCCACCUCCAGGUCCCCCACCUCCUCGGAAACCAGACGACGGCGAAAGACGAGAGCUGUACGGGUACUAUCCGCCGUUUCCGCCAGGUCCUCCACCUCCUCCACCUGGUCAUUUUGGCUUUCCACCACCCCCACAUUUCUACGGCCAUCCGUUCUACGAUGAGCCCAAGAGAGAGGAAGUGUCUCCAGACAGCGAGUCUCUGGACACCGAGGAACCCAAGAAGGGGCCUUUUUCUGCUGGCGAUUUGAAACGCCACGAGCUUCCGGUCUGGCCCGUUUUGAGCGACAUUUUGGCCUACUACUACCGGGUCUGCCACCCCAACGACCAGCUCCUUCCGUCAAAAUCCGUAUUUCUUCAGCUGCUCUUCCUCAGAAAUGACGCUGCUCUUCUCCACGCCGUCAUUGCCAGGGUUUGCGCUCUCGGCAAGUGGAGCAUCGACAGAAAGGAGGAAACCUGGGUCGAACGGACCCACAAGUACAUGGAUACCUUGGACGACCACGGCAUGCUAGUGUGCUAUACGUUGUUGCGGAAAACACCAAGCGUGCGUUCUGAUCCAGCGCAGUUGAGCGACGUAAAGGCCAAAUUUGCCGAGAUUGUCGAUUCCAACAAGUACAUGGAGCUUUUGUCCACCAGCGUCAACAUGAACAGACGGAAACGCAUGGACAGGGAGAUGAAGGUCCGUGCGAUUUGGAGCUUCUGGAUAGACAAUGCAGUGGCCUCCGAGGAGUAUGUGGGUGUGUUUGACGAUGCUGAAAAGGCCAAGUUCCCGCUUCCGGUUGCCAAUGAAAGUUAUGCCAGGGGCGAGAUUGCGCCAAGUUCAUGGGAGGAUUUCAACAACGGCAAGCUCAACGAUUUCACCUCGCUCAUACGUGCAGCCAUGGCCUUGAACAAAUCCAGAAAGGAGCCAAUUGUCGACGCGAGCUUGGAGUCUUUCCUUAAGGUCUACUACACCCUUCAGGAGGACAGAAUCGUGUUGAAUCCGCACAUGGCGCUGGCUCGAUGCCUCUACAGCCAGGCACAGAUUGAGCUAAAGAAGAAGUUGCCCGUGGAGAAACAAGACAUGAAAGAUGAGCAUUGGAAGCUGCUAGCGGAAGUUUCCAAGCACGUCGGGGAAAUUUGUGAAGUUGUUGAAGUUGCUCGUGGGUACGGAAGCCAUCCGAUUGUUUUUGGGCUGUCCCAGGAUUGGACAGGCUCUGUGGCCCAGGGAAGAGACGGUUGGCGAAGAGUAAGCAGUGUGGUUAUAUCUUCCGCCGAGGCCGCUUCGGAAGCUCUAACAAAGGUGAUCUUUUUGUUGGAAAGCACCACGCGGGUCGAGCCCGAGCUCGAUUCGCAUCUAUUACGGAAACACAGCCAGACGCUCCUGCGUUUUCUCCGUUUCUGUGAACCGGUAUCGCCAUCUGCAUCGCCGUUGGUCAAAGAUGAAGAGUCUACAUGA